GGCGGCGGCGGGGGGCUGUGGAGGAGCCUGCGCCGCACCCUGCGCCGCACCGGCGGAGCCUGCUCGCCGCGCUGCCAGGGAGCUCCGAGCGCCGCCUCGCCGGCACCCCCUGCGGCAGGUGCCAGGAGCAUGGCUUCCAGCAGCUCCCUGCUCUUCCCGCAGGACAACAACCCCGGGCCGCGACCAAGUCAGUUUCUGCUGGCUCCGCUCUGCCCUGUUACUGAGUAACUCUGUUGCUAAAUAACCAACACAAGCACUAACACUUGCCCGGAGCCUGGUGUGAGAUAAGCGCAGCAGGUGCAGCCCUGGCUUGAGGUGACAGUGGAUUUCACCCCGGUUGUGGUGGCCUCGAGCAAGGCUGGCUGUGUGCACAAAUCAUAGCAGUGUGUGCAGGCAGGGUAAGGACAUUAGGCUCCAGGGGUUUUCUUCCCUGGAUUUGGAAGCAAUCAGAACAGGAUUGCUGUAUUUAUAUUUAACUCACACUGUUGUGUAAGUAUUGAAAGUCCCAAUCAGCUAAGGAAAAACAACUAAGGAAAAUUUUCUGUGAAUGUAACAGUAAAUGGGUUUCAAUCUGUUCUGCCAUAGAAUGAUCUCCCUGGCUGCUUGCUCCAAUUGCUACAAUAGGCCAAUUUAUCACUACUUCUACCUUUAUGAUAGGGACAGCAUAAUGAAUUGAACUAAAGUGUUUAAAUUGUCUCAAGAUUGAAUGGAUCUAUUUAUUUUUAAUCAAAUAUGUGUUAAAAUGGAUACACAUAGUUAUCUUGUUCAUGGUAAAUUCAAGAUUCAUGGAAAUUUAGGCUAUACUGAGCCAGAAUGACAACAAAAAAUAGUCAAGGGAAAAACGUUUGACUUGGGGUACUAUAACAUAGGUAAUACAAGGCACAUAGUCAAAAAAAAAAAUGAGGACAGGAGAGGCUUUUGGUCAAUACUUGUUCUUUUCUGAUUGUAUGUUUUUUCUUUAUUUUAUUUUUUGUUCCUGCAGUGGUGGGUGGGUUGAUAGCACUCCAGUACUCAGGAUCAGUGCAUCAGAACUGCUCUUUCUCUGAUUGCCAAAAGGCUUUGUGUUGUAAUUGUUUUAGCAAAUUGGUGUCCUGCUGGAAUGAGAACUCAGGUCCUAGGAGUUUUCUUCUGUGUCUGCCUGUGCUUGUUCUAGUUUGAAGGGACUAGCAGGUCUGUUGCCUUCUCAGUCGUUCACAAGCAAGCUUUUGAUCUCUUCUCUUCUUGCAUUUCUCUAUCAUUGUGGACAUCAUCCUUAUCUACGAGCAUUUAUGGAAAAUUCCCAGGGGCCUGCAUCUCUGAAACAAUGCUUGUACUCUCAUGUUUUCUUUCAGCUAUACCGGAGUCCUAAUCCCUGAAUGGAGCAUUAGCUGUGCCAUAGUGUAAGCGAUAAUUAGUAAGCGUUCAUCAGUCUCAGGGUGUGAAUGUGUAAGUAUUGGCCAGUCUCGAUGCUUCACAGGCUUUUUACAGGCUUUUUUUUUUUUUUUUUGAAAAAUCUUUAUGGCUUUCUGAAACUGUUGGCUGCAGGUAGGGAACCUGUUGGCUGUGAAAGACUGUUGUAGUGUGGCUGUGAGAAAUGGAGGUAACACUGAAUGCUGGCUCCGGAGGACACUAAGGUUUCUAGUGCUAGUGAGCAAUUGAAUAAGAAUCAAUUUUUAAAUGGAAUGCAAAGAAGAGGGAAAGGUGGGCCCUUUUGGCUAACUAACAAAUGAUGUUUUUUAUUUUUAAAUUUUAAUUAAUAACAGCAAUAUUAUUGUGAAGCAGAUGGACUUAAUUCUUUAAAAGAUAAGCAUAUGCUCAAGUGUUUGCCUAACUAGAGCCAACCUGCUAAUCUUGAGGUUACACUAGAGGAUCUGUGAUGCUUACCUGGCACUAGCACAAGUGUUUUCCAGCACUAGGAGUCUUCACUGAGGUGUGCAAAUGUUGAAGAGAGGUGACAGUCUGAGUUUUCCUAAAGGGUUUGAAAUGUUCAAAAUAUGUGGUUGUUCUUAGACAAGCUUGUUAGCUUGUUUUCAACAUGCUGCUUGGUCUGCAUAUUGCAUUUAAAAAAAUAAACCCCGUUAAACUCAAAUAUCUCUGGAGUGAUUUGUAAUAAUUGAGGGGAAAUGUCUUAAAGAUGAAGAAUGGGAUGUGAAUGUUUUUUACUGAGAGCAGUACAGUGACGGAAAACGUAGCAAAAGCCUUGAAUUCUCAAUGCUUCUUCAUAGCUCUGUAGAUUAUUUUUAUAUAUAUAAACAUAUUAAGAUUAAAAAUCAUUGAAAUUAAAAAAAAAAAAAGUGUUGGGGGGGGUGUUGUGAUAGGUGGCACUGAUCUGACGGAGGGAGUGUGGCGCAGGCAUUCAUGAUUGCAUGCCACUGUUGUGUGGCUCUGGAGAUGCCCUGCACUUUGAGGGAUUGUAGUUCCUUCCUCCUGUUCUGGAAGUCUGUGCUCGAGUUAACUGUUUUCGCCAUGUUUUACAUCUUUUUUUUUUUUUUAUCUUGACAAGCUAGUGCUGUGUAAGUUUUGUGAUGUUAUUGGGCAGGUGCUGCUUCCUUUUUUUUGUGGUAGGAGCCCACCUUACAAAGAGUAAUGAAAUCCCCAUCUGCAUGGGACAGUGUAGUGUUUGUGUUCCCAGUCUGCAGUUCAAGACAUUAAGUUAGCAGAAGAAAAACUUCCUUACUCAAGGCUACCCAGAGAUAUUUGCAAACCUGUGGUCUAGAUGAUGUGACUGUUUGCCUUGUCGUGCCACUGCUGUUGUUUCUCAGAGCUGGUCAGGGUGAAGAGGGAAAGGAGGAGAGAAUUGUGGUUUGCUAGUAGUCUUGCCUGUGUAAUUGUCAUUGAGAAUUAAAAGAGAGAAUGUUUCCAUGGUUCAUACACUCUGCCUUCAGUUUUGUAACUUCUCUUUUGAAAUGUAGAGACUUUGUGUGGUGCAAGUGCAUGGGUCUCCAGGUCAAACAGCUUUGCUGCUGUGGAUACUGUGAUUCACAUUCGUCUGUUAUCCAUUAAUUUUAGUUUGUCAUUCAAAUGUUUUCCAUGCUUAUCUUGGAUCUUUCUUCAGGUGCUAGUAAUGUAAAGCCACUGGAUGGCGUGAAAAUUCUUGACUUAACAAGGGUGCUUGCAGGGCCCUUUGCUACAAUGAAUUUAGGAGAUCUAGGGGCCGAAGUCAUCAAAGUGGAAAGGCCAGGAGCUGGUGAUGACACAAGAGCUUGGGGCCCACCUUUUGUUGGAACAGAAAGUGUUUAUUUUCUCAGUGUCAAUAGAAAUAAAAAGAGCAUAGCUAUCAAUAUGAAGAAUUCAAGAGGAGCAAAAAUAAUCAGGGAGCUUGCAGCUGUGUCUGAUGUUUUUGUGGAAAACUACAUCCCUGGGAAACUGGCUGAAAUUGGUCUAGGUUAUGAAGACAUUAAAAAGAUUGCUCCUCACAUAGUGUACUGUUCAAUAACAGGUUAUGGUCAGACUGGUCCAAUGGUUCAGAGAGGUGGAUAUGACUCAAUUGCAGCUGCUGUUUCUGGUCUCAUGCAUAUCACAGGGCAUGAGGAGGGUGAGCCAGUUAGAGUAGGAGUAGCCAUGACAGAUCUUGCUACUGGGUUGUAUACAUGCGGAGCAAUUAUGGCUGGUUUGCUUCAGAGGUAUAAGACGGGGAAAGGACUGCACAUUGACUGUAAUCUCAUGUCAUCUCAGGUUGCAUGUCUUACUCAUGUAGCAGCUAAUUAUCUUAAUUGCAAAAUUGAAGGAAAACGCUGGGGUACAGCACAUGGGAGUAUUGUUCCAUAUCAGGCUUUUAAGACCAAGGAUGGCUACAUUGUGGUGGGAGCUGGAAACGAUCAGCAGUUUGUCACUGUGUGCAAGAUCCUGAAUCUGCCUGAAGUUAGUAAGGAUUCCAGAUACAAAACUAAUACACUCAGAGUCCAGAACAGAAAAGAACUUAUUGACAUAUUGUCAACUCGGUUUUUGGAAAAAACAACAGUCAAGUGGUUGCAGCUCUUUGAAGGAAGUGGAGUUCCAUAUGGUCCGAUCAACAAUAUGCAGCAGGUAUUCUCGGAUCCACAGGUGCUGCACAAUGGACUUAUGAUGGAAAUGAAUCAUCCAACAGCUGGGAGGAUAGUUGUUCCAGGACCAGGUGUCAGAUACAGUGAAUUUGCUGUGUCGCAUCCCAGACCACCUCCACUUGUUGGACAGCAUACGGUGGAGAUACUGAAGGGCAUGCUGAAGUAUGAGGAUGAUGCCAUAGAAGAACUGCUCCACACUGGUGUUGUGGCUCAGCAUGAGGUCAGAUAAGGAACAUUAGCUACAUUCCUUCACACUGAGUUCACAUAGCUUUGUCCUCUCUUUGCUCCCUUCAGCUCCCCUAAUGGGACUCAAAGAGAAGACAUAAUUUAAUUCCUAAUUUUCUUCCAUGUGUGUUUGUAUGAUUUUAACACUGAUGUAUCAAAUAAACAAUCUCAUACUGUCUGACUGAAAGAUUUUCUUGGGGGUAGGGGUAAAUGUAAUUAUAUGGUCCUGUGUGGCUACUCAUUUUCAGUACAUCGUAUGGGAAAUGGAGUUCUUAUCACAAUUACAGUAAUUGCCUAAAUGUUUGUCCCCAGAAAGACAUCAUGUUAGUGAAAAGAAGCAGAACCUUAGAAAUCUGUGUACUAAACUCUCCAUUUGUAGAAAGCUGGCUUGCACAGUUACUUUAGGAGAAAAUCAGCCAUGUACAAAUUGGUGGUUGAUCUGAAUGAUUUUGAACAGAAUCAUUGGUUAUGAACUCUUUGUUCAUCUCUAUUUCAAAUCAAGGGUAGAGUAACCAUUGCAAAACUCACUUCAGUUCUCUGGUAUUACCAAUUACUGGUAUGUCUUUAUAUUACAUUGUAUGGUCAUGACAAUCCCAGCAUGUUAGCAGAAAUAAGCUGGAAUUGGCAGAGUUCUUCAGUUAUGAAAUGAACCUAUUCCAAGACCAGUUGAGAGAUGAACUAUGAUUGAAUAGUCUUUUGUAAUUUUAUUCAAGAAUGCCCUGGGUGCUGUUAAUUAAACAUUGAUCCACACAAAACCACAUGCUGAAUGUCAAAUACCAGAACUUGCCCAAGAUUUAAAUCUGGUUCUGUGGGUAGGUACUGAUCCCUAUCUCUGACUCUAAUUCCCAACCAAAAUACCUUUCACUCUGAAGAAAAUAUAGUUAAAAUACAAAUCUCUGCAAAGCUUUUGACUUGGUCCCACCCCCAUGAUUAAAGCAUGGUCAGAGUUGACAAACCUACCUCGAAGUUAGUAACAUCAUAUCCUGUAGAAGGGUUGCACUUAAGAGUAAGGCACCACAUAUUGUGAGAAGGUGGAAGAAUUUGAUCCAUGAAGAGUUGUAAGGAAAAUACCCCUUUCCCCUGAGCAAACCAAUUUGGCAGUACUUCACUCACAGAAGAAAUGCCAUGCUCCUCUAUCCCAGCAUAUAAUUUACAGCUAAUGUAAACUGUGUAUGGGAAGGGCUUAACCUUUGUUGUAUGCACCCCAGGAGAGAGGCAAAGCCUUCCUAUUUCUAGAACUAAAUAAAACUAACUCAAAUUGAUGC